UCCCAUACAUACAUUUUCCUUCCCACCUAGCUCUCUUGACUAAUUAAGGAACCAUAUGGCAAUUGAGCAAGAAAAGAUGCAGUUUCUUGGCCUCUUCGGCGUGUACAAAGAGUCUUACAAAUUAAUGUUUUCAUGGAGGAAGCUAUUAAGCCAAAUUACCUUAAUUCUCAUCAUUCCUCUCACCUUCAAUUUUCUUAUUCAAAUAGAACUAAGCGAUUUCGUCUUAGGGAAGAUUUUACACCACUCAAAUCAAAUGACCAAUCACCAUCUUGACACAGCCCAACCUCAAAAUCUCACUGAAAUCAUCACCAAAGAAUGGGCCAUUUUCUUUCUCAUCAAGAUUGCAUAUUUCAUUCUCAUCUUUAGCCUCUAUCUCUUCUCCACCUCCGCUAUUGUUUACACCGUCGCUUCCAUCUACACCGGCAACAAAGACAUAGCCUUCAACAAAGUCAUGAGUGUUAUCACAAACCUUUCAAAAAGACUUAUGGUCACUUUUUUGUGCACUCUUACAGCCGGUUUCUUUUACAACAUUAUAGCAAUGGUGAUUGCGAUUAUAUUUGCGCUUACAUUCGGUGUACGAAAUGGUGGAUCAGUUGCCGGUUUUAUCAUCAUAGGAAUCUUAUAUUUUGUUGGACUUGUAUACCUUAAUGUUGUUUGGCAAUUGGCUAAUGUUGUAACCGUGUUAGAAGAUUCAUAUGGAUUUGAAGCAAUGAUGAAAAGUAAGGAAUUGAUAAAAGGGAAGAUGGGUUUGUCCAUAUUCAUCACUUUGCAAUUCAAUUUUUGCUUCUUUGUGAUACGGUUUUUGUUUGGGAUGUUGGUUGUGAAUGGAUGGAAGUGGUUUGAACUGAGCUUGAUGAGCAGAAUAACAAUUGGGUUUGUAUGUUUCUUAUUUUUGUCUCAUUUGUUCUUGUUGAUUCUUAUUAUGCAAACUGUGCUCUAUUUUGUUUGCAAGUCCUACCAAAAUGAAAGCAUCGACAAGUGCUCUCCUUCAUUGGAACACGUGAAAGUGCAUCAAGGAGAGUAUGUAGUUGUGGUUUAAUGUCUUUGGUUCCAUAAUUAGAAAUAUAUAUGUAUCAUUAUGUAUGUGUGUGAUAGAUAUAA